UCAAGUUCAGCAACCCAGCAAUUCAGCCUUCCUUUACUUUUUCAACUCCAAUGCGAUGUCAAACAAACGAAAACAAAUCACGACCUGACGUGAUAACAAAUAACCGCAAACUGCUGUUGCCAACAGAAUUUGUAUUGUUCGGUUGUUCAAUAAAUGUACAUAAUUUGAAGCACCCAUUGGUGAGCAAUUUAGAUGCGCUAUGCCUCGUUCAUCGUAUCCCGAAACAAUAAGCGAUGAGGAGAAGCCAUCAAUGUCAACCCACGUAGUUCACAUUGUUGGCUUCAACGAGCAAGUUGGCUUGAAGCGGGUUAAGCGGUCUAUUAUCCCGGCUGUCGUCUUGAUGCCGUCAAAUUAUCCAAAGGGCUGAGGCAUGUGCUCCUCUGUCGGCCUGGUUGUAGAGGGCGUUGCGCUGGGCAGUGGAGCCCAGUUUUUUCCCCGGAUGACUAUGAAAAGAGAGUACAAUACAAAGUGUUUUUUGCCGGAUCGCUUUUGUCACGAAGUAGCCAACCACUACAGGAACUACAAGUUACAGCAGCUUGGAUCUGGAUGUGUAUCCCGAAAUUUGGGCCAUCGGCGACGAAAGAGGAUACCCUCGGUGAAAAAAUCUCGGACGCCCGCCUUUUUGUCGUCAGGAUAUGCGGAGUUUCGCGAUGUGUGGCCAACUCAUGUGCACUACUUUCCCAGAUACGACGAUACUACGUAUGAGUCCCGCAGCCGACGGUCAGUGUUGUCUGGUAAACUGUCCGACAAGACCUACAACGACGAAGUGCGUCGGAUAAGAAGUGCUCAUAGCUGCGAGCAGCUACGUCAUCUGGUCCACCGGAUUCCAUGGGGAACGGACAGCAAAAUCGGCACCAGUGAUGAGGUGCCGGUGGCCUCCGCGCACGGAAGCCAAACCAGCGACUGUGGCCGUCCCAAUUAUAAGAUAAAUAUUAGUAAGUGCCCCGCGGAAAGCCCACAACAGCAACUACCAGUGAAUUUCUACGGCUAUUUGCAACUGGCCAGCAGCUAUUACGAACGGGGGUUGCAGGCUAACAUAAAGUACCUGCAAUCGAUUGGCCAGCGUAAUGCAAUAAAACCGGCAACGGGUUUGCUUUUCGACGAAGUGCAUUGUGACGAGAGUCCAGUUCAAAAGUUGCCCAGUCGACUGGUGACGUUGAUCAAGAGUUUGCCAGGCAAGGACAAGAAGAAAGCGGACGACUACGGCAUUUGGGUGAACAUAAGAACAGUGAAGCAAGAGGAUCUGGCAAAAGUGCAAUGCUUGGAUGAGAGUUUGGACCUAAACUCAAAGCUGGAAUCGAACACAGCUGACCAACUUACUAGCAUGUGUGAUUUUUAUGACUUCGAUUGUACAACUUCAGAAUUAGAGGAACCAACAGGAGCAGUAGGCGAAAAAACUAUAGAACCCACAUUUAAAACCACACUGACUGCAUCCGCUGACCAACGACGUCUCUGUGAGAUCAUUGACAACCUAAGCUACCUGAGUAUUGGGGAGAACAGUUGUCGCAGGCAGCAACUGACACUGACCCUGCCACAGAUUACGCUUACUGACUGCACCGCUCAACAGGUGACGCUGCAUAGCACCAGCUUCGACAUUGUUACACUGCAGAUACCCAAUGAAGCCAAUCCACCGAGCCUUGAUCUGAAAGCGACAUAGAAUCAAUAUACAUAUA